AUGCAACUCACUAGCAAGCUUUCCCUCGCUCUCCUGGCCAUCUUGGCUACCGGUGGUGAGGCCAACCACCAGGCUAUCCACGCCCGCAAGUUCUUCCAUGGUCGAUCCUUGAACAUGACUGCCUCUUCGACCUCGACUAUCUUUGUCUUCCCAACUCCCGUGCCCUCUUCGUCCCCUGGUGUUCCUUCUUCCUCGAUCCCGGCCAACUCUCCCGUUGCUCCUGGAGCGCCUUCGUCCGUUGAGACCACGAGCUCCAUCCCUCUCAGCACGGGCGUGCCUGGAUCGAGUGAGUCUCAGCUCCCUGGUGGCGGCCAGGAUGUCACCCUGACCUACACCCUGGGCACUGGCACCACGAAGACAGUCGUGACCACUACUGUUCACCGGACUGCCACUAACACCCACACUGUUUCCGCGACCUCCUCGCCUGCUAUUGGCAGCGGUGAUAAGGGCACCACUUCCACCUCGACCGCCACUCUGAUCACCAUUCCCUCUUCUUCCGUUCCCAGCGGCUCUGCCGAGGGAGCUUGCACCCAGGCUACCGUCACCGUCACUGCCACUGCCACCGUCACUGUGACUGCUCCGGCCACUCCUACCCCCACCUCUGGUGACAAUGGGGAGGACGACGACGACGACGACGAUGACAACGACAACGACAACGACGAUGAUGGAGAGGGGGGCGAAGGUCCCUGUGAGACCAACGUCCCCCUUCCCCCCUACGGCAACGGCACCGCUCCCUACCCCAGCGGUGCUCCGAAGCCCACUGGCUUCAUAACCAGCAAGCUGCCCUACCCCACUAGCUACCGCCGCCACUACAACUAA